GAAUAGCUGCGGGAGGCUCGCGGGCAACCUGGAGCCGCCUCCUAACGCCCCGAAAACAAAGGAUAUAGUAAAAGGCUUUUCUCUAGCCGAGAGGGACCCGGGUUUGUUUUGGGUGCCCUUGGGCCUAGAAACCCUCGGGGCACCUGAGGGCUCGGUAGAGGCAGGGCCGCGAUAGCGCCACCCCCGGUUUCUUCUCCCCGCCCCAGCGGUGCGGUACUCUGGUUGGCUUGCCUUGCACGUCACACUUUGGUUGUAUCAUUUUGAAAAGUCCUGACCUCCUCCCGCCCGGCCCGAUUUGGAGAACUCACUGAAGCUGUUUGAGGAGCAAGACAGCUUGGAAGCUGCAGCUUUAGCGGACACCACCAGACUGGUCCGGCGCUGUGGAUCCUGUGCGUGGGCGAGAUGCGGAGCAGGAGCAAUUCUGGGGUCCGGCUGGAUGGGUACGCGAGAUUGGUGCAGCAAACCAUCCUGUGUUACCAGAGCCCAGUCACUGGCCUGUUAUCAGCCAGCCAUGAUCAGAAGGAUGCCUGGGUACGAGACAACAUCUAUAGCAUAUUGGCUGUUUGGGGCCUGGGCAUGGCCUACCGCAAAAAUGCUGACCGUGAUGAGGAUAAAGCCAAGGCCUAUGAGUUGGAACAGGUGGACAAAGUGGAGAAGUUCAAGCACACUCAAAGUACCAAGGACAGUCUGCAUGCCAAGUACAACACUGCCACCUGCAGCGUCGUGGUGGGUGAUGACCAGUGGGGCCACCUCCAGAUGGAUGCCACCUCCCUCUUCAUCCUCUUCCUGGCCCAGAUGACUGCCUCAGGCUUACGUAUUAUUUUCACCCUUGACGAAGUGGCCUUCAUACAGAAUCUUGUGUUUUACAUUGAAGCUGCAUAUAAAGUUGCUGAUUAUGGAAUGUGGGAACGUGGAGAUAAGACUAAUCAGGGCAUUCCAGAACUAAAUGCAAGCUCUGUGGGAAUGGCCAAGGCAGCACUUGAGGCAAUUGAUGAACUAGAUCUUUUUGGAGCCCACGGGGGACGCAAAUCGGUGAUCCAUGUCCUACCUGAUGAAGUGGAACACUGCCAGUCAAUUCUUUUCUCCAUGUUGCCAAGAGCAUCAACAUCGAAAGAAAUUGACGCUGGACUUCUUUCUAUCAUUUCUUUUCCGGCCUUUGCAGUGGAAGAUGUGAACCUUGUGAAUGUGACCAAAAAUGAAAUUAUUUCCAAGCUUCAGGGGCGUUACGGAUGCUGUCGCUUCCUUCGAGAUGGUUAUAAAACACCAAGAGAGGACCCACACCGAUUGCACUAUGACCCUGCUGAACUUAAGCUCUUUGAAAACAUUGAAUGUGAAUGGCCUUUGUUCUGGACUUAUUUAAUCAUAGAUGGAAUCUUCAAUGGCGAUGCUGUUCAGGUCCAAGAAUACCGAGAAGCCCUGGAGGGAAUAUUAAUCAGAGGCAAAGAUGGAAUCCACUUGGUACCGGAACUCUAUGCCAUCCCACCAGACAAGGUGGAUGAAGAGUAUAAGAACCCACACACAGUAGACCGAAUUCCACUGGGGAAGGUGCCUCAUCUUUGGGGACAGUCCUUGUACAUCCUGAGCUCACUGCUGGCAGAGGGAUUCCUUGCCACUGGUGAAAUUGAUCCCUUAAAUAGAAGAUUUUCUACUUCAGUCAAACCUGAUGUUGUAGUACAAGUUGCUGUCUUGGCAGAGAACAGUCACAUUAAGGGGCUGUUGCAGCACCAUGGGGUAAAUGUCCAGAGCAUUGCUGAUGUGCAUCCAAUUCGAGUUCAGCCAGGCCGGAUUCUUAGUCAUAUAUAUGCCAAACUUGGACGAAAUAAGAAUAUGAAAUUGAGUGGUCGACCAUAUCGGCACAUUGGUGUCCUUGGUACCUCCAAACUCUAUGUAAUUAGGAACCAGAUCUUCACUUUUACGCCCCAGUUCACUGACCAGCAUCAUUUCUACCUGGCCUUGGACAACGAGAUGAUUGUGGAGAUGCUGAGGAUAGAGCUGGCUUAUCUGUGCACCUGCUGGCGGAUGACUGGCCGCCCCACACUCACCUUCCCUGUCACACACACCAUGCUCACAAAUGAUGGAACUGACAUUCAUCCUGCAGUUCUUUCUACAAUUAGAAAACUGGAAGAUGGAUAUUUUGGAGGUGCUAGAGUAAAAUUGGGGAACCUGGCAGAGUUCCUCACCACUUCAUUCUACACAUACCUGACCUUCCUGGAUCCGGACUGCGAUGAGAAGUUGUUUGAUGACGCCAGUGAUGGGAACUUUAGUCCUGACAGCGAGUCAGACCUGGGAGGAUACUUGGAAGACAGCAGUCAUCAAGAAAGCCAAGAUGAACUUGACCAGUAUAUCGACCACCUUCUUCAGAGCACAUCCUUGAAGUGUUACCUGCCUCCUCUUUGUAAGAAGUCAGAAGACAGCCACGUAUUCAGUGCUAUCCACUCCACUCGGGACAUCCUUUCUGUGAUGGCCAAAGCGAAGGGUUUGGGAACUCCAUUUUUCCCCAUGACUUUGCCAACUAAAGUUCUAAGUGGACACCGUAAAUCACUGAAUCUUGUUGACUCCCCUCAGCCACUCCUAAAGAAGACUCCUGAAUAUGACUACCAGUGGCCCGGAGAUGACUGUGGUGAAAUGGACUGUGGUGAAAUGGACUGUGAGAAACUAGUUGGGCAACUGAAAGACUGCUCAAACCUACAGGACCAAGCAGACAUUCUGUACAUCCUUUAUGUAAUAAAGGGUCCCAACUGGGAUACCAAUCUGUUUGGACAGCAUGGAGUCACUGUUCACUGUCUUCUCAGCGAACUCUAUGGAAAAGCUGGCCUAAACCAAGAAUGGAGUUUGAUUCGCUACAUUUCAGGCCUGCUCAGGAAGAAAGUGGAGGUCCUGGCUGAGGCCUGUGCAGAUCUGCUGUCCCACCAGAAGCAGCUUACAGUAGGCCUGCCCCCUGAGCCCCGGGAGAAGACUAUCUCCACGCCUCUUCCCCCAGAAGAGCUCACAAAACUCAUCUAUGAAGCCAGUGGACAGGACAUCAGCAUUGCUGUCCUCACACAGGAAAUCGUGGUUUACCUGGCCAUGUAUGUCCGGGCCCAGCCUAGCCUCUUUGUAGAGAUGCUCAGACUCCGGAUUGGAUUGAUCAUCCAGGUAAUGGCCACAGAGCUGGCUCGGAGCCUGAACUGCUCAGGAGAAGAAGCUUCCGAGAGUUUGAUGAACCUCAGCCCCUUUGACAUGAAGAACCUCCUGCAUCACAUCCUGAGUGGGAAGGAGUUCGGUGUGGAGAGAAGCGUGCGCCCAAUUCACUCUUCCACAUCCAGCCCUGCCAUCUCUAUCCAUGAGAUGGGUCAUACCGGAGUCACCAAGACUGAGAGGAGCGGCAUCACCAGACUGAGGAGUGAGAUGAAACAGAUGACUAGGCGAGCUAGUGCUGAUGAGCAGUUCUUUCCUGUGGGCCAGGCUGUGUCCAACAGUUUGCAUUCCUUCAAGUCUGCGAUCUUGGCUUGUCAGACUCCUCAAUACUGUGUGGAUGAGGCGUGUUCACCUUACCAACUCCCAGGAAUUUCUAGAGUCUUCAAAACGCCGAGGUCGAGUACCCCAUCCUCCCCGACGGGCACAUCAUCUACAGACUCCGGAGGACAGCACCUGGCCUGGGGAGAGCAGCAGGGCCAAUGGCUACGCAGGAGAAGGCUGGAUGGAGCAAUCAACAGGGUACCCAUGGGAUUCUACCAGAGAGUGUGGAAGAUCCUUCAGAAGUGCCAUGGUCUAUCCAUUGACGGUUACGUCCUACCAUCCUCAACAACCCAAGAGAUGACCCCCUGUGAGAUCAAGUUUGCCGUCCAUGUGGAGUCAGUGCUCAACCGCGUGUCCCAGCCGGAGUAUCGGCAGCUGCUGGUAGAAGCCAUCAUGGUGCUGACUCUGCUCUCAGACACAGAAAUGGGCAGUAUUGGGGGCAUCAUCCAUGUGGACCAGAUUGUGCAGCUGGCCAAUCAGCUGUUCCUGCAGGACCAGGUGUCAUUUGGGGCCACAGACAUCUUGGAAAAAGACCAAACCACAGGAAUUUGCCACUUGUUUUAUGACAGUGCCCCUAGUGGGGCAUACGGUACAAUGACCUACCUAACGAAAGCAGUGGCAUCUCAUUUGCAGGAACUGCUGCCCAAUUCAGGCUGCCAGAUGCAAUAGAGCCGUACCCAAAUCAUGA